ACCGUAGCAGCACAUUCAGAUCCAGGCCACAAACAUGUUCAACCGUGCAGAAAUAUAGUCGACUAACAAGUAGCUUUGUCAGCGCUAUCUGUGAGCACUACACGGAAGAACGGGGUCGGGUCUGGGGUAACGCGGCGUUCAUGCAUGGGUCAUGUUGUAUUCUAGCGUAGUUGUGAGCUGAUAUUGUGUUUUGUUCCGCGGUGUGUGUGUUAUGUGUUGACUGUAAAGAGGACAGUGCGUCACCGUACAAGAUGGACACUGCCGAAGAAGCUGAUAUAUGUAGGGUGUGUCGAUCUGAGGGAACUCAGGACAAACCCCUCUACCAUCCCUGCGUGUGCACUGGAAGUAUUAAGUUCAUCCACCAAGAAUGCUUGGUGCAGUGGCUUAAACACAGCAGAAAAGAGUACUGCGAAUUAUGCAAGCACAGAUUUGCUUUCACACCAAUUUACUCUCCAGACAUGCCUUCACGGCUUCCAGUGCAGGACAUUUUCGCAGGACUGGUCACAAGUAUAGGCACGGCUAUCCGAUACUGGUUUCAUUACACGCUUGUUGCCUUUGCUUGGCUGGGGGUUGUACCUCUAACAGCAUGUCGCAUCUAUAAGUGUCUGUUUACUGGAUCCGUAAGCUCCCUCCUGACUCUGCCGUUAGAUAUGCUCUCCACGGAGAACCUGCUGGCCGACUGCCUGCAGGGCUGCUUUGUGGUGACCUGCACCCUCUGCGCCUUCAUCAGUCUGGUGUGGCUGCGGGAGCAGAUUGUUCAUGGAGGAGCCCCGUUAUGGUUGGAGCAGAACCAGCAGCAACCUGCUAAUGCAGCAGGACAACCUAAUGAGGAUGCUGGCCAGGGUAAUGGGGGUGCUGAAAACCAGCCCAUGCCCGCACCGGCUGAACCUCCAGCAGAAAACGCUGCAGCGGCUGAAGCUCCUGACCUCCCCGCUGACCCUGCAGAAGAGAUGGAGCUGGAUAAUGAAGAUGAGGAGGAUGGAGGAGCCGAAGAUGUGGCGGAUGCCAACAAUGGAGCACAGGAUGAUAUGAACUGGAAUGCUCUUGAAUGGGAUCGCGCAGCUGAAGAGCUCACUUGGGAAAGGAUGCUUGGGCUUGAUGGGUCCCUGGUUUUUCUGGAACAUGUGUUCUGGGUGGUCUCACUCAACACACUCUUCAUCCUGGUGUUUGCUUUCUGUCCCUACCAUAUUGGCCACUUCUCAGUGGUUGGACUUGGUUUUGAAGAAUAUGUUCGUGCCUCACACUUCGAGGGACUCAUCACUACUAUAGUUGGAUAUGUCCUUUUAGCCAUCACACUCAUCGUGUGUCAUGGAUUAGCAGCACUAGUGAGAUUUCAAAGAUCACGCCGCUUGUUAGGAGUCUGCUACAUUGUUGUAAAGGUCUCUCUUCUAGUAGUUGUGGAGAUUGGCGUGUUCCCCCUCAUCUGCGGCUGGUGGCUUGAUAUCUGCUCUCUGGACGAAAAAAGUUAUGAGUUCACCUUUAAAACCUUAGAAAUGUUUGAUGCCUCUUUGAAAGACAGAGAGUUGAGUUUUGAAUCCGCCCCAGGGACCACCAUGUUCCUUCAUUGGCUGGUGGGGAUGGUCUAUGUCUUCUAUUUUGCCUCUUUCAUUCUUCUACUCAGAGAGGUUCUAAGGCCUGGAGUCUUGUGGUUUCUCAGAAAUCUGAAUGAUCCAGAUUUCAAUCCAGUGCAGGAAAUGAUACAUCUACCAAUAUAUAGACACUUGAGACGAUUCAUAUUAUCAGUGGUUGUGUUUGGCUCAAUCGUUCUUCUCAUGUUGUGGCUUCCUAUCCGGAUAAUCAAACACAUCUUCCCUACAUUUCUUCCCUACAAUGUUAUGCUUUACAGCGAUGCUCCAGUGAGUGAGCUGUCUCUGGAGUUGCUUUUAUUGCAGGUUGUUCUUCCUGCUCUGUUGGAACAGGGACAUACACGACAGUGGCUCAAAGGUCUGGUGCGAGCAUGGACCGUGACCGCUGGCUACUUGCUAGACUUGCACUCUUACUUGCUGGGAGACCAGGAAGACAAUGAGAACAACGCCAACCAGCAAGCCAACAACAACAACCAGCAGGCCCGAAACAACGCCAUCCCUGUGGUGGGAGAAGGACUGCACGCUGCCCACCAGGCCAUACUACAGCAGGGGGGUCCAGUGGGCUUUCAGCCCUAUCACCGGCCCAUGAGAUUCCCUCUAAGGAUUGUGUUGCUGAUAUUGUUCAUGUGUGUGACGCUGCUUUUGGCCAGUUUGGUGUGUCUCACAUUACCAGUGUUCACCGGACGCUGGCUGAUGUCCUUCUGGACAGGAAGUGCUAAGAUCCAUGAGCUGUACACUGCAGCGUGUGGGCUGUAUGUGUGCUGGCUCUCCAUCAGAGCGAUCACAGUGAUGCUGGCCUGGAUGCCUCAGGGGCGGAGAGUCAUCCUGCUCAAGGUUCAGGAGUGGACCCUCAUGAUUAUGAAGACACUGAUUGUGGCAGUGCUGUUGGCUGGAGUGAUCCCUCUGCUCUUGGGACUGCUGUUCGAGCUGGUGAUUGUAGCUCCUCUCAGAGUGCCGCUGGAUCAGACGCCGCUGUUCUACCCCUGGCAGGACUGGGCUUUAGGAGUGCUGCAUGCCAAAAUCAUUGCUGCCAUCACCCUCAUGGGUCCCCAGUGGUGGUUGAAGACCGUUAUUGAGCAGGUGUAUGCCAAUGGAAUCCGGAACAUUGACCUUCAUUUCAUCAUCAGGAAGCUGGCGGCCCCGGUCAUUGCUGUACUGCUUCUUUCUCUCUGCAUCCCCUAUGUGAUUGCUGUAGGCAUCGUCCCCCUUCUAGGGGUCACUAUGGAGAUGCAGAAUCUGGUGCAGAGGAGAAUAUAUCCCUUCCUUCUGAUGGUAGUGGUGCUGAUGGGUAUCCUCUUUUUCCAAAUCCGACAAUUCAAGCGCCUUUAUGAGCACAUCAAGAACGACAAGUACCUUGUUGGACAGAGACUUGUGAACUAUGAACGAAAAGCUGGCAAGCCCAGCACUACCACACACAGCAGUUCAGUGCAGGAGUAAAGAGCUUGAGAUUGCUUUGGAGUCACUGUUUCUGUGUGCGAGCGAGUGAAUGAUUGAACAGCCUUCCUCUCCUGCUCCCUCUGUGUGCGUCCAUACAUCCAGCACAUCCACAAAGACUGAAAAAACUGACCUCUGGCCUCUCUGACACUGCCAGCAAAAAGGGGCGAAAGAGUUGUGUACAUAAACAGGGCGAAAGAGUGAAUCCCUACAGCCAGCCAACCGUGGAUUAAAAAGAAUGUCUCACUCCUAAAAAGAAAAAAAACAAAUGUGUGUUAAUUUAUUAAAUCGAGUUGUUACCUUA